AUGAUGCUCGCAGGUUUCCUUCUAAUAAUCCUCCUUCAAGGUGGAUUUACCUCUGAUCACACAGAGCAGCCAGAACUUGAUCAACAAAAAGCCAAUCAGAGCUAUGAGAAAGGUGGAAGAACCUUCAAUAACACAGAGACAACAAACUUUACACAGAACACCAAUCAGAGCUCUGUUGAAGAUGGGGCCUCUGCAUGUAACAAAACCUAUCGGGACUUAGUAGACCACCUGAAGUUGACCUCAAAAAAAGAUCUGAACAGCAUGACUCGGCCCACUAAGAACAUCUCAAAACCCACAAAAAUAAGGCUGGAUAUAGCCCUCUAUGCCAUUCUAGAUGUGAGAGAAAAGGAACAGACAUUUAUGUCUUAUGUUUGGGUUGAUAUGAAUUGGACAGAUGAUUUCAUCCAUUGGAAUCCAUUCGACUUCUGUCAUACAGAAGACAUUACUCUUCCGACUAAAGUUGUGUGGCUGCCAGAUCUAACUAUUGAAGAGAUGACAGAGAAGGAUAAGGCCACUCAGAGUCCAUAUCUCAGCAUUGCUUAUAAUGGGAAAUUCCUUCUUAGGAAUGACAUGGUGCUUGUAACCACCUGCAAGAUGGAUGUCUACAAAUUCCCCUUCGACAUUCAAAGCUGCAACCUCUCCUUCAAGUCUAUCAUACACAACGUCAUGCAAAUUCAGCUUUUGGAGUGGGUUGACUCUACUCAUACAACAGAAUGGUCCAAAGAAAUUAUAAAAACACAGUCGGACUGGGAGUUCAUCGACAUUACUGUAACCAACAAAAAUGCCGACAAUUUUGGCGUCAAUCAAAGCAUGAUGGUUUACACUGUCACAAUGAAGAGGCGUUCUGUCCUUUACAUUGUCAACUUCAUCCUGCCUGUCCUGUUGUUCUUGUGUCUGGAUUUGGCCUCCUUCAUGAUCUCAGAGAAUGGGGGGGAGAAGCUCAGCUUCAAGGUCACUGUGCUGCUUGCUGUCACAGUGAUGCAGCUCAUUCUGAACGAAAUUCUGCCGUCCUCUUCAAACAGGAUUCCACUUAUAGCAAUGUACUGCAUUACAAUAUUUGGUUUGAUGAUGCUGAGUCUCCUGGAGACCAUUUUUGUGAUGUACCUCAUGGAGAAAGACUCUGCACCCCAGAAUGAUUGGACAGAUAAAGAACAAAGCCUGAGUGAGGACUGUAAGGACAAACGAGGGAAAAAUAAAUUCCAUACAUUUUUCAAAGACUUCAAGAAACGGACAAACUUGACGUCUGCCUGUGCUGGAUCUUCUGGGGAAAGGCCUUCUGAAAUGCUUCCAGUAUCUAAAGAGACUAGCAGCAGCCAGUUGACUGAGGAGUCCAAUGCCUCUGAAACGGAGAUGUUGCAAGAGUUGUCUCCGCCCCUAAGCAGCAGGAAGGAAGAAGGAAAGGUGGAGUUCUGUGAUUGGUUGGAGGAGCAGAUCAGCUGGAGGGAGGGCACCUGA